UAAACCACCGCAGAAGAAGAGAUGGAGGGAGGCAGGUCCUGAUGGAGUGACGCGUGGAAGUAAAGAACUGGUGAAGAACAUCUGUUUAUCAACACACGGACAUUCAUCUCCUUCUCUACCGGUGUGUGGAUCAGUCCCAGCCGACACCUGCUCCUCUUCCCCGGGGAGAAUCUGCUGCUUUCACCGAGUUGACCCGGAAGGUGAAUCGCGCCAUGUCAAUGAAGGUUUUGGUGACUGGGGGGUCUGGCCUGGUGGGCAGGGCCAUACAGCAUGUGGUCAAAGAGGAGCGAGGAGACAAGGAGGGGGAAGAAUGGAUAUUCCUCUCGUCCAAAGAUGCCAACCUUAUGAACAUUGAAGAGACACGGGCGGUGUUCGAGAAGCAUCGGCCAACCCAUGUCAUCCACCUGGCUGCUCUGGUUGGAGGUCUUUACAAGAACAUGAACUCCAACCUGGACUUUUGGAGGAUCAACAUCCACAUCAAUGACAACGUGCUGCUUGUAGCCCAUGAACUGGGUGUUGUGAAGGUGGUGUCCUGCCUAUCCACCUGCAUCUUUCCAGAUAAGACCACCUAUCCUAUCGAUGAGACCAUGAUCCAUAAUGGUCCACCUCAUGAGUCCAACUUUGGUUACUCCUAUGCAAAGAGAAUGCUUGAUAUUCACAACAGGGCAUAUUUCAAGGACCACGGACGCGCCUACACCGCCGUGAUCCCCACAAAUGUGUUUGGUCCUCACGACAACUUCAACAUGGAAGACGGUCACGUGCUGCCAGGUCUCAUCCACAAAGCAUACCUUGCUAAAAAUGAGGGUCAACCCUUCGUGGUCUGGGGCUCUGGCAAACCCAGAAGACAGUUCAUCUACUCUUUGGACUUGGCUCGUCUCUUCCUGUGGGUCCUGUGCGAUUACCCAGAGUUCGACCCAAUCAUCCUCUCUGUUGGAGAGGAAGACGAAGUUUCCAUCAAGGAAGCAGCAGAUGAAGUCAUCCAGGCGAUGGGCUUUGAAGGAGAAGUUCAAUAUGACACCAGUAAAUCCGACGGCCAGUUCAAAAAGACUGCCAGCAAUGCAAAGCUGAAGCGCUACCAGCCAGACUUCAAAUUCACGCCCUUCAAACAAGCCAUAAAGGAAACCUGCGAUUGGUUCGUUGCCAAUUACGACACCGCCCGCAAGUGAGAAAGGUCUUCUGUCCUCCACUGACGGGGAAGAGAAGAGGAAGAAGAGAGGAGGAAGAGGCCGGAAGAAGAACAAGGUGGUGGAUGUUCAGUCAGUUGAAUUCUGUGACUCUGCACACUUCCAAGAUGUGGAAAUGCGUUGAAUCCGAAGCAAGAGUCAGGAUCCUUAACAAGUGACUUGAGCCUCAUCUUUUAAUCGUAUGAGGUUGAUUCUCAGAGGGAUGUGUUUCAACGGUUCUAGAAAUCUGGUCUUUUUUUAUUGUAGGCUUUGUACGUACAAACACCUUUAACACGGAUCCUUCACACUCUUCUAUAUAUAGAUGAGGUCUUUGGAUUGAGUAACUAGUCUUUAGUAAAUGUCUGCACCACAGUACUGGGUAACGUUACACAUUCUACUACCAGUGUGUAGCAUUUUAUCGGGAAGUGGUUUGGGAUUUAGAAUUUUGUUUAAAUAUUUGUAUAGGCUGCAGUGAUUUAUAUUUUUCAAUGUUUGGACUGAGGAAAAUAAAUUGAUACCAAUGAUCAAGCC